GCCAUUGGUCGCGGCAGCGCGAGGCGGGCCCGGGGUAUUGUCCGGCUCCCGCGGCGGCUGUCGGUGCUGCGAGAGCGGCGGCGGCGGCAGCGCGGGGUGGCAGUGGGCGGUCAACCGGCCGGGCGGAGGCAGAGUCGGCCGAGACCAUGGCUGGAGGCAAAGCUGGGAAGGACAGUGGGAAGGCCAAGGCCAAGGCCGUGUCGCGCUCACAGAGAGCUGGGCUGCAGUUUCCUGUGGGCCGCAUCCACAGACACUUGAAGACUCGCACCACCAGCCAUGGACGGGUGGGUGCCACUGCCGCUGUCUACAGCGCCGCGAUUCUGGAGUACCUCACUGCCGAGGUGCUGGAGCUGGCAGGGAACGCGUCCAAGGACCUCAAAGUCAAGCGCAUCACCCCGCGUCAUUUGCAGCUCGCCAUCCGCGGGGAUGAAGAGUUGGAUUCCCUCAUCAAGGCGACUAUAGCUGGGGGUGGUAUGUGUCACUUACCUGCACGGUCCCCGGCCUUUCUACGGGUGCUGUUUGGAUUGGUGACACUGCACUUGAGACUCUUAGGAGGUGUGAUUCCUCACAUCCACAAAUCUCUGAUUGGAAAGAAGGGACAGCAGAAAACCGCUUAGGGCUGCCACCAGCCCACCUCCUCCCGUCCCUGUACGUCUCCUGGACAGAAGAUAGCAGUGGGGACAUGUGGCAUUUUUAAAAACAGUUAAAUGGAAAUGCAUAGACAAUGCUGUAGACAUAAACAUUGGUCUGUUCUUGGACUCCAAGUUUGAUAAAGUACCUCUUGUGUGGUUACAGUCGUGUGUCCAUUGGCUAGGUUUCUCCUAUGUGUUUUAUACAAAAAUGGAACUGAUAAACCAUUUUUUACAAAAUUAA